GAAGGGUUGCCGCAAUGAUGUUGAUGCGGUUGAAGAGGCUCUCCAUCGCUGUUGUUCACUAGCCGCUCCACCACGGAAGCUCUCUGAUGCAGCGUAUGAGCAUAUCAAGGACGUGUUUGAGACAGUCCUUUCCACACCUGACUCGAACAGGUGUGUUUUUGUGUUUUUCGCUGGACAUGGCAUUCAAACUGGCAGAGGUACCCUCUUAGUUCCAUGUGAUGCUGAAAAACAAUCAGCAAAGAAACUGGUCCCUGUGGAGUGGAUACGGCAGUCCUUUCGCAACAAGGUUUCCAAUGGCAUCUUGAUUCUCGUGCUUGCUUGCUGCCGACACCCAGGCGACUCCUUGACAGACAGUCCACUGAUUUCGAUUCCUUCCAGUCGGGGGGUUCCGAAAUCAAUGUGUGAUAUCAUCCUGUAUGGCUGUGGGCCAUCCGGUUCAACUCUUGAGACCGAAGAUUUUGCUCGACGCCAUGACAUGCCGACGAUGCACCACAGCAAGCUGGCAAUCCGCUUGACUAGUGCCAUGUGGCGAGCACAUUUCGAAAGCCUACCUGUUUACAGAAUCCUGGAGAUAGUUGCCCAAGGCUGUGAGAUGGACGUUAAGAGGUGGGAUGGUGUGCCAGAAAUGGUGCCGCGAUUUCAGGACGAGCGCUUGAAGUAUCGAUUGUUCUUUGCACACCCCAAUGCCAAUCCGGGCCUACCUGGAGCGGCCUUGACUUUGCCCAUCCCGAAGGCAGUCUGUCAUGAUGUCCUUCCAAACAAACUAAUAUCAGCUAUCAAAGGGCCGGUGUCGGAUUUUUGGCAGUGCCAGAGUGGAAACUUGGACAUUAAGCCGCAAGUUAGAGAUUUUCUUCAGAAGGCUUACGAGCUGAAGGAGAGGAAUGAUUGGAAUGCCCAGAUGAAGUGGCUGAAAGAAGUAGUAGCAGAGUCUCGGUCUGCGGAUCCUGUUCUUCUUGUACUUGCCUGCACCUUUAUCAUUCCUGCUUUUGGGCAUGUCUAUGCUGGAAAGUAUCCGGAGCUGUUGGACAGACAGAAAGCUCUUAUGGAAGCGUCCGGGUAUGUGCGGGUGCUCCUUCAAACCUUGCAGUGCGUUGACCUCGAUGACUAUGUGGUCGCAGGCGCACUUGCAGCAGUUGGAUUGCAAUUGUAUUGCUGCGUCCUCUAUGAACCGAAUGCUGUGCAUGCGUGCAGUACAUUAAACGAUGCAUGGCAGUUAAUGGUGUCAGCGGGUCAGCUACACAUGAAAGCUGGCCUGCCGGAAAUAAGUAUGAACAACUUGUUCGUGGCAUCCCGCAUACGGUUGUUCGCAAGCCAGAAGAGACGGGAACCAGGCCUUGCACACGAAACGGUGUCCAUGAUGCAAUCGGUGAUGGAAUGUCUCAGCGGAGGUUUGCUCACGGUUCAGUCGCCCGCGCAGGACUUUGAGUUCAAACUGCUCGGACAUAUUGCUGGCAAAAUUAGGGGGGUUGCUGUCCCUGAUAUACAAGGUGAGUGGUUUGAUUUACGGUCCAGGAAGCCC